AACGCGCAGGAAAAUUUUACCAUUUUUACCGGUCACGUGGAUAAAAAUAACGACAACUGUUUCGUUUAUUGUACACAUCACCUCUGUCAACAAGCUGGCCGACAACAUAAGUGGAGGUAUGGACUUAAUGAAACGAUUACUAUCGCCGCCACUUCCACCAGUUGCGGUCUGGCCACCAGAAGCGAAUUACCGGCCUCGUGAUAAGGAGUAUAACGCGUAGAAAAUGCGAUGAGAAAAAUUUUCAAUAAUAUUCAACAACGUCGUCAACAACGGGAUUGAAGAAGAAGAAGAAGAAGAAGAAGAAGAAGAAGAAGAAGAAGAAGAAGAAGAAGUCGGAAGAAAUCGGAGUCACGAUUAAAAAUUAUUCGUCGUGAUAUAAAAUAUCAUUGAUCGUAUGAAAAAAAAAAAAAGAAAAAAGAAAAAAAAAAGAUUGAAUUUUUCAAACGCGAAUAGAAUCUUUUUAUAAAGAUUCCAAAAGUGGAUGCGGACGCGCGAACAAUAACGAGUGAAAGGUAAAAUAAAAUUUCUUUCGGAAACGUUCGGGCGCUCGAUGAUUUUAAUUUAACAGUAAAUAAAUAUCUCUCGUGACAUUUCGAGUAUUUUUUUUUUUCGUGGAAACGUAAAACGAGUGACAUUUAACUAUAACCAUACAUUUUCAGUGUUAUUAAUACCGUACGUAAUGUGUACGAUAAUCGGCAAUUUGGUUAAAUACAUUCUAGAGAAAGAGAAGACGAAAUAAUGAGCGAUAUUUUUCCACGUUAUCACAAUAUUGCAAUCAAGCGCAUUCGUAAUUCGUGUCGUUUGUAAAUGUUAUCGUGCAAUUUUGUUUUGUCCGAUUAUCGGUUUCAUUUUAAUUUAAUGAUAAUAAUAAUAAUAAUAAUAAUAAUAAUAAUAAUAUAUGAAAAUGAAAAUAUAUUGGGAUGGGAUCGAAACAUUUUGUUCAACUUUGAUUUUUCGCAAUUACGCAAAUCUGUAUCAAAAAUGAUAAACGAUUAAAUAAUUACGAUUGCGACAAAGACCAUUUGUUAUCAUCCUUCGUCCUUGCAUCAACAUCGAAGAGGUAUUUAAAAUUAACAAAAUUUGAUCAAUUUUUAUUAUAUAUCCAUAUUAUAUCGUCAAACUCUUGAUAAUUUAUUCUAAUCUUUACGACACGAAGAGUGAAAAUUUAUGUUUUCCUAGCCUUGUUAUUAACAACAUCUACACAUUUUACGCCUGAAUUCUCCUGUAAUGGUUUAUCGACUAAUAAUAUUAGCGAAUUUACAUAUGACAACCUGUAAAUCAUAACUUUCUAACGUCAGAUCAAUUUUUGCGAAUCGGAUAAUUGGCCGGAUUCUUGUACAAGACGCAAGAGGGUUCUGCUAAAUAGAUUUCCACAAUGAAGUUGUCGAGUGACAAAAUUUCGCGAAACACGAAACGUUUCGAGAAGCCGAUAACCAAAACGAAAGGGAAACCAAUGCCCUCGGUAUUGAAACGCGCGCGAAUUCUGUUUUUCUCAACACUGUGAAAUGUUUUCAUCGAGAAUCAGAAACGAACAGCGUUCCCGAUCCCUUCGUGAAACAAUAUUGCCAAUAUUUCACCAACGAUCUUACGCCUUGUAUAAUCGCGCGAACGAUGAUUUCCACCUUUCAAAAUUUCAAAUUUCAAUUCUCAACUGGUAAUUUCUCGAAAUACCAAAACGUUGUUGGUAUUUUAAAUAGCGGCACGAGAUAAGAUAAAGUCACGUUGGUGUGCGACUAUGGGGUGCAACGUGAUGCCUCUGAAGAAAUACGCGGAAAUUAGCUACCGGGUGAAAUGCGUGGCCGUGGAGAACGAGCGGGUGUUCGGCGACGUGUACGUCACCCAACAAACGCGAAACAUGCUGUACUGCGCGGAUGGAUAUCAGUUUCCCUCGUUGUACGAGAGGAAGAGAUGCAAUCUGAUUCAGAAAGAGUGGAAAGGGCCGGAUUUCAUGGAGUUGAAUCGGAAAAAACCGAUCAGAAGGGCUAGCUUCGCGCCGCUCGAGGCGGAGAGGAAGCGCUUGAAGAGAUCUAAAUCAGUCGGCGACACCAGAAGCCUGGUAGGUAACGAUUGGACGAGAAGCGACGGUGUAAAAAGUGAAAUCAACAUUUGCAAACCGAAGUCGUAUCCACCACCGUUGCCCAACCCACCGGUGAGGAAAGAAGGGACCGUUUCUUCGUUAGUGGAUCAAUUGUUGUUGGAUAUUUAUGGGUUGCCGGACGGUGAUAGAAGACGAUCGGAAAGCGACUCGACAGCCUCAUCUCUGAGGAUACAUCCGCAGCAUCAGCACCUGCAAAAGGCGCGUCUGUUGUGGAAAAACAAUCACGAGCUUCAAGUUUUGGUGAUGAAUUUACGCGAUCAUAUUAAUAACACAGGCGAGAUACUUGUUCGACAACUGCGUCGAAAGGAUUAUCUCAUCACCAAAUGUGAAAAAUUGUGCGCCAUAAUCACGGCUCAUCUUCAGGCUCGCAGUCCAAAACGGGUCGAAGACACGAAGAUGAGAUUCAGCCUGACUCCGCAACCGGGAGAAAGUGGUUUCGUACAAUGGCUGGACGCGAUGAAAAUGGUAGCCAGGUUACCAGGAGGGAUUCCGCCGGAAUUUCGAAAGAAGUUAUGGCUGACGCUGGCGGAACGUCAUCUGGAGCAACGCGGUGUGGAUUGGAAGCAGGCUGAAAAGAUCUGCUUCAACGAGUGGAGCAAUCCUGACGAUGAAGAGCUCGGUAUACAAAUCGUUAAAGAUCUACACAGAACUGGGUGCAGUCUGUUCUGCGGCGCGGCUGGGAGAGACAAUCAAGCGGUGCUUCGCCGGGUUCUGCUCGGUUUCGCCCGAUGGAACAAGUCUGUCGGCUAUUGCCAGGGCCUGAACGUGUUGGCCGCCCUCGUUCUGCAAGUUAUGGAUCGGGCCGAGUCCGCGGCCGUGAAAGUGAUGAUCUACUUGAUAGAGGGUGUCCUGCCCGAGGGUUAUUUCGCGGACAAUCUUCGCGGCCUGUCGGUCGACAUGGCCGUGUUUCGAGAUCUGCUGCGGGCCAGGCUGCCCAAGCUCUCGAAACACCUGGAGGCGCUUCAGAACGACGCGAAGGACAAGGCGACAGGCAGCAGUUACGAACCACCUUUGACCAAUGUGUUCACGAUGCAAUGGUUCCUCACUCUCUUCUGCCAUUGCCUGCCCCAAGAGGCCGUCCUCCGUGUCUGGGAUCUGAUAUUUCUCGAGGGAGACGAGAUAUUGCUAAGAACCGCGCUCGCCAUAUGGGAAGGACUCUCCGAUCGUAUCAUGACGGUCACAUCGGCGGACGAGUUUUACAGCAUAAUGGGAGUGUUGACGAGAGAGAUGCUCGAGUUCACGGAUACUAACAAUCUCGUAAAGAACAUCGUCAGUAUGGGAACUCUGCACGGUGUGACAGGAUUGAGGGAGAAGCACAGAUAUAACAUCACACCUUGGGCGAGGAAACUUAGCGACGACGACGACAGCGAUACCGAGGAGGAUGAAAGGUUGGCCGUGGCCGCUGCCAUGUUCAGCAUGGCGCAACGCUUGAAGAAAGCUGCAUGUGCAAGGCAGACCAUGGUACCACCUCCUACUUCUCAGGCCAUGAAUCAUCUUUUAGUGGGCAAAAGUGCGCUCGUGAGUGGGAAGAAUCGUCCCUUGACUUUAUCUUCCGGCGCUGCGUCGACGAAGACGAGACCUACGAGUUUAAAUCAAAACCGAAGGGAUAAACAGGGUGUCACGCUUCAUUGGAAAGACACGAAAAAACCCAAGCAGAAACCUUCCAACGCAACAGAACCGGUCGAAAGCAAAGUUGUCACGCCACGAUCCACGGAAGCUGACCUAUCUCCAAAGCACAGCAACGUUGACAGCGACAGCGACAGCACGUCGACGGAAUUGUGCGACGAGCCAGAUCGUCUGAGCGACGUUGACAGCGAGGAUCUGACCUCGGCAUCCGAAUCCUACGCCGCUGGAACGGACGAGGAGAAGAGCUCUCGAAUGGAUGGUUCGCCGAUACCCGAGAAGACCCUCGAUCCUUUCCUCGAGGAGAGAGACGAGCCAAUCGACGCCGACGAUUCGACGAAAGAUUCGAAAAUUUCCGAGGAGAGCUUGGCCGACAUGUCGAUCGCCAAGAUUACCGAUCAAAUAAGACGAUUAUCGGCAGAGGAUGACAAUAAUUCCAUGGUUCCUCAAAAGUUUAAUAACGCGCAGGGCAAAGAAUCGCCCGAGGGCGAGCAAUCGAAAGAAUUGAGCACGGAGAAAUCGGCGCCCGACCCGUCUACAGAUAUCUACACUUCCGAUACAAAAGCAAAAAAAUCGUCGGUUUUGAACGACUACGAUUAUUCGAAUUUCGGUGGCACUUCGAAACAGGACGACGUACAUAAAUCUAAACGGACAAUGGACGAGAUUGUCGAUCGAAAUUACGAAAAUACGACAAUCGAGAAAGAUCGAAUCGAGGACGAAAUCGGACAACCGAACACGAUCGUAAUAGAACAGGAUUGUUCGAGCGCGUAUUCGGAUUAUUCGACGCCGUUGGAUGCGAAGUACGAUAGAAUUGCAGACAAACCAUCGACCCUCGAUUUGCCAACGAUCGAGAAUGAAAUUAAAUCGGAUCGCUUCAAAACAUCCUACGAUUUCUCGACGAGCAGAAUGCCUCUGGAAUUGGAUCCGUAUAAAAGUUUAAUCAUCAAUGACACUUCGGAGAUUUCGGUGAAUAAAACAGGCGAGAGAACAGGUCUCUACGGCAAGACUUACGUCGGUCACCUCCCCAUCUCUCCGAUCACGGUCGAUCAAAAGUUGAACAGAACGACGCCGAUCAAACACGAGAUUCGCAACAUCGUCGGAUCGAUUAUCCCCGACCAACCGGCCAAGACGAAAUUGGAGACACCUUACAUCGCUGAGAGAACGCACACAGCUGGCUCAACUUCGUUGGAAACGUCGUUAGAGAAGAUGGCAUCGUACGACAUCCGGGUAGAAAAAUCCAGCCAGACAAAACCGUACGCCGUGGAUCUGGCGAAGAGUCCCAAGACACCCGAGAGCAACAAAUCCUUCAGCUCGGGCGAAACGAUGGGGCCUGACUCGAAACCGUCGAGCUUGACCGUGAGUCCAAGAACCCCGGUCAGAUCGGAUUCUCGAGAUUUUUCCAUGGACAAGUCGGUGUGCUCGUCGGUCAGUUCGGAUUCGAAAACGUUGGUGCUUCGCUCCGUAGACUCCGACGGGACGAAGGACAGCGGGUGCAAGACGGAGGCGAGGAAGAUGUACGAGAUGUCCAGCUCGACGACGCCCAUCAGCGUGGACUCGUUCAAGACCAAGUCCAUUGAGGCGAGCCCAGCGAAACUGAUCGUGAGCAGUUCCAGCGAGUCGUGCAGCCCGAGCAAACUAAAGUCUUCCGAGAGGUCGUUCAGUUCGGACCUCCAAUCGCCAAUAAGUGCCAACUCGAUAAAGUAUACCUCGAAUUUCGCUAGACGGGGCCAAGACGACGUGUCGGGCUCGCCCAUGGAUCUCAGCUGCGCCACCUCGCCCUUCUACCCGAUCUCGAAUCCGAAUCAAAAGACGCCCACCUCGCCCUACAGCGUGUCCAGGCGAAGGUCCAGCUUGGACAGCAGCGAAACCUCGCCCGAGCAGAAAUCGAGGGACAGCAGUUCGAGGGAGUCGACGAGCAAGUUCCUGGGCUCCUAUCAGGCCAAGUUCGACUCGUCGUCGUUGAAAUUGUCGUCCGAAAUUCUCGACAAGGAGACGGCGGAUGACACGGCGGCGCCACGAAAGGGGGAGAGCUACGUCAGAUCGGAGUUGGGCGUGUCGAGGAUGCACGAGGACUCGGCCGUCAAGUUGACGGACAGAAGGAAAGAAAGCGUUGGCGACGUCGAGUAUUAUCAUCAAACGAGCACCGAUUAUUACAGAAAGGAAAAGGACACGUACGACGAUGGAGGGGACGAUCCACUGUCGGAGAAGGACGUGGUGCCCUCUCUGCCCCAGGAGAAGUUGGACAAGCGUUACUUCAAUUAUCGUUACAGGGAUCGGUCGAAAUUAUUGGAAAGAAGUUCGAGCAGUUUGGACAGCAGGAGGUACGCCGACAUGAAAUCGUCGGCGUCCGCGGACGAGUUCACGACCACGAUCGCGAAGAAGAGGUCGAGCGACAUUUUGGAGGAUAUCAAGCAUCUCGAGGCGAAGGCGAACGACGGGAUGUCGGAGAGCGGUAUGCUGUCGAGGAAGAGCAGUUACAUCUGGGAGGAUAUAAAGAGUUUGGAAGCGAGAAGACGGGAUACGUUCAGUAAUUCUGCGAGGAAUUUCUCCAAGCAUCGUCUGGAGAUACCCGACAUCAAUGUAACGGGCGAGGGUAGAAAGUCGUACGUGGUACGUCCGAGGAUCAACAUCGACGAGAACAGCGACAGCAUAUUGAAAAGCGUAAGUUGCGGCAAGAGCAACGACACCGACGACGGCAGGGAAUCCAAGCUGGGCGUGUGGACCAAGGUGAAACCCCGGAAGAAGAGCGAGAACGGGCGAAGGAACAGCGACAGGGCGUUGAAGAUCAUUCAAGAGAACUCGGCUAUACUCCAAAAGAUCCUCGCUUGCCAAGCGAAGAAACGUUUGCCCGAUCUCGAAGAGAUAUCCAAAGAGAUCACCAUCAGCCCUAUAAACGAGGAAAUCUCGAAGAUCUUCAGCCCGAUAUUGGAGAAGAUGGGAUUGAACGAGCACGAGAUCAACGAGGAAUUGGCGCGGAUCAAUUUCAAGGACUUGGACAACAUGACCGCCACGAGCGUGUCCGAGUUCGACGCCAAGAUCAACGAGGAGUUGUCCAAACUUUCGCUGAUCGACGAAACGGAACAGACGGAUCAUUUCGACGUGGGCGAAGCGAUAUCCCACGAAUACCUGGACACCAGGGAGGCUUUGAUCGAUCGCAAGAUAAACGAGGAGUUGUCGAAAUUGUUGGCCAACUACGACGACGAUCGUUCACCGGCGAGCACCAUGGUAACCAUGGACAAAGGGACGACGUCCAGUCAAAACGUGAGCGAGAUCGAGGGACUGGAUCUUUCCAGCAUCUCGACCAACGUGUUCCCCUACAAAUCGUCCAACGAUUCGAUCGACGCGCGAAGCGACCUCCCCUCGAUCCAGGAACCGUCGAUACCAUCGGUCGUCGACAAGUAUUCUAAAUACACGGAAAACGUAUUACCGUACACGGUAUCGAAAUACCAGGUGGACGAUUCGUCGCCGAAGAGCGACAUAGACAUUUACAGAGAACUGGAGAAGCUGGAUAAAAUCUCCUCCGCGCAAGUGUUGCCGGAUCCGAGUCUGGACCUUCCUCCCCAAAAGGAAUUGUCUUCGAUACCGUACGUCCCGAACAAAUCUCCUUUCGCGGACGUGCCAUCGUUGAGGUACGCCUCUAAACCGGUUCAAUACGACACCUCACCCCUCGACACCUCUUACGACCCUUACAACACGUUCGACUAUAAGCCCAACUCGUCGCCCAGCAAACACUCCGCCUCCGUCUCUAACCCGUUCGCGACCACGGCUUCGUACGAGAAGCCGGGCGUCGUCGAAACCGCGGUAUUCGAGUACAUCAACCAUAAACCGGAGAUAUCGAUCAACGCGUACGACCUCCGCCUCAAGAGUCCGAUCAUGAGCAAAGAGUCGUUGGAAUUUCGCGUCAGAUACGAGGACGAGCCGAGCAGAGAAGUCGGCGCCGAUUACGCGUCCCUUCAACCCGAGGUUAGACCCAUCCCCACUCCGAACAAAUCUCCUUACUUCAGCAAUGGAAACACCGAAAUACCGUUCACGCCCACCAAGUACCAAGUUUCGAAAGAGGAAAGAGGAUGCUUGGACGCGACCACAGGUUCCUCGUUCCUGCACGAGUACGCGAGCGAAUCCUCCGACGUUCUUCGGAUUCGCAAGUACGACCCGUUGUCUCCCAAGGAGUAUUGCCACGCCAAGAGCACGCAAGACACGUACGACAGACACUUGGGCGGCGCGUUGCCCACUCUGGACACGGGGGCGGACUCGUCGGAAUCGUAUUUACCGACGAGGCUGCACACCAGCAGGGAUUAUCACAGCCUGUCUCCGAAUCGUCAAUUCCCCGACAAACAUUUCUCCUCGACCGUCAAUCACUACGCCUCGAAACUUUCCCCGACGAGUUUAUCCGACGAGUCGAAACGGCCCGUCUCCCAUCCGGAAUUCCCCGGCAAGAUGAGCAUUGGAAAGUAUCCGGAACUGCCCGACCGGGGCCCCACCCACGGUUACAAGAAAUCGUCUCUGAGCCUGGGGAACAUAGGGCACUCGAGCAAGGACGAGAACAAUUACAGCAACGCGGUGACCAGCCCCAAGACCCAGUUCAGCCCGUUCCCCGUUAGAAACGCUCCCAGAAAGCCCAAAGAGCUCACGCUCAAAUUGGGCCUGUACUCGCCCAAGGGCUCCGAUCUGGGACAAUUGAAGAGGUCUUAGUGCACGAGGAUAAUUAUAAUUUUUCUGAUUCGUCGAGUUCUGUUCUAUUCUGCCUCGUACGAUCGAUGAACGAUUGUUUCUUUCCUUGUUGAAUAUUGUCCUGGAGAAAUGUGGUCGGACCAUGAUGCUGUCGAAGCGGGCCUAAAACGAUCGUUUCUCGUUUUGCGGUGCCUCGUGUUGCCAACGGCCGAAAUUACACGCGUAACACACGCGUCGUUUACGAAAUUUAAUGCACGGAUAUCGAUCGUAGAAAUUGCUGGCGUUUGCCUUCACAUAUACGUAUAUACAUACACACACACACACACACACACAUAUAUAUAUAUGUUCGAAAUUGAACAUCGAUGGAGAGACAUUUAUAAACGUUUUUAAAAAAGCCUACGCUUCUGAGCGCGAUGUAUCGACGAUAAAGGGACGACGCGUCAGAAGGAAGAGAUAUCGCGUUACGCGCAAGAAUAUCGUUGAACACGACCUAUCCGUCAUUUAUCAAUCGCGUAUUCAACCCCCUUUAACGUUAUAUAAUCGUGUAAAUCGUUUUCCCCCGGAUGUUUAUAGUUUACGAACGUUGAUCAAUUAUACAGACGAGUUUUUUUACGAGUUCCGCUUGAUACAGCUUGACACACACACACACACAGGAAAUCUCCCCGACGUAGAAAACAAAUAGUGAUAAAGAAAGUAUGAGAGAGAGAGAGAGAGAGAGAGAGAGAGAGAGAGAAGAAUGUGUGAGAGAUAAGAAUGGAGAGAAAGCUUAAAUGGAAUAACGUAGAAAUCCUUGGCGAAAACGUUUACUCGUGCGAUUUCUAAUGCGAUGCCUUCAAUCUCCCUCCAAUCACUCAGAGAAAGAAAAAAAGAAAGGAAAGAAAAAAACCUCGUUAUCGCGUCUCGAUUAUUCAGUAAAUUUGCGAUAAGUAGUCCGUGGAAGCGCACGAAGCUUACUGGGGAAGAGAGAAAGAGAGUGAGAGAGAGAAAGAGAGUGAGAGAGAAAAGAAGGAAAGAGGAAAAGAGGGAAACGUUAACAAAAUGCCUUCCAUUCCUUCGAACGCGAUUCGCAUUACCACGGUGUAAUCUCUCUCGCGUGCGAUCGUAAAUCACCCCACUGAUCGCCAAGAUCGCCGUGGUAACGUGAAAUUUCCUUCGAACAGAUACAGAAUAUAUAGACGCAUAUAUAUAUAUAUAUAUAUAUAUAUAUAUAUAUAUAUAUAUAGAGAUUGUAUAAAAUUAUAGAAAUUGUUAUGACGAAGUCGCGAUGUAGAGCUUAAUUUGUCCGUACAUUUUGUCCGCAUAAGGAACCCUAGUCAUGCAGUGGAGGGGGCGUAUCGUUUAAACUAAGGAUCAAGCACCAUUAUUCGGGGGCUGCUGACACGAAAGGGGCAGUGAGGCAGAAAAACAAAUUGUACAUAAUUAUAUAGACGUUAAUUGUAUAUUGUUAAAGCGAAAGAAGGGGGAACGAAACAAGGGAGAAUAGAGAAAGAGAAAGAGAGAGAGAGAGAGAGAGAGAGAGAGAGAGAGAGAGACAGACCUUUUUAUAUAAAAUAAAAGUAGUAUUUUUUUAGAUGUUUCUAAUACGAGGAGAUACUCGUACCUUCAACAUUAUUGAUGAACGUACGAUAACGAUAAUUGGAAAUGCUUGUCGCGGGAACAUCGUUCUUCUUGCAAAAUUAUUCGUUCGUUCUGAACUGCGAAGAAGGCAAUCUCUUUGUUUCAAAAAAAGAAAAAAAAAAAAAAAAAGGAAAAAAAAGAAAAAAAUUUAAAAUAUGGUCUAUAUAAGGAGGAAUUAACGGAGAUAUUUUUAAUUCAAUUAUUAUUAUUAAUUAAGUUACUUUUUAUAUACUACGUAUAUCUUUUAAGCUAUGUAUAUCUUUUAUAAUAUCUAUCUACACAUUAUGUAUAAUCUUAUUAAGGAUAACACGAAUCUUGUUACACUCUCGAUUGAUAUUUUAUAAAGUUUCGUUCUAUUGUAACUUGAACGAUGGUUUCAAAAAUCGAUAACCAAGAAAUUCGGGGUUCGGAGUCGUCAACAGUCGGAACAUAUAUGAUUGCGGGAGGGAGGGGAAAUUCUCUCGUGCAAGCGAAAUUAAACGAAAUAAUUCCGCGGAAAGAGUAUUAUAUAGAGCAGAUAACCUGCAAUUUAUUUUCAUCGGCUUGCAUAGCGAUAUAUAGAUGUCGGUCUGUCGAUCAUUACGUCCAAUUUAAUCACCGAUGGCAGGUAGAUUCGUCAAUUCGCGAAAAUCGGUCGCGUCAAGAUUUUUAUACGCGCCGUUUAAACUCUCGAAUGAGGAAUAAAAUAAUAGUUCAAUAACCCAGAGGAGAGCAGAAGCGAGGAUCGUCGACGAAAAAAAUUGUUUCCAAGUAGCUGCGUUAAUGUGCCUCUACGAUCAUCCGCGUCUACGUAUUAACGAUUAAAUUAACAACGACGUAUCUAGAGUUUCGGACGGAAUAAAUUGGAAGAAAAAAAGGAAAAGAAAAUUUUUGCGCCAUGAGAAAAAACGAAAGAUAAAUAUCGGUUUGUUGUCCUUGUCUCUCUGUACGUCGAUUAUGAUAUAUAAGGAAAAAAAAAAGGAAAAAAGAAAAAAAAAAAAAAAAAGAAAAAAAUCACGCUUCUAGAACAAAAUUUUUACGCGUGUUAUGAACUAGCUUCUUCUAGGGACAAUUCCACGCUGAUUCAACUACGCGGAGAAAGAACGGAAUUUUGCGAAUAAUUGAAAUCGAAUGCACGUGGAUCGUCGCACGCGAAGCUUUGCGCCAAAUUUUGCACUUGAUUAAAAAACAAUGCGUAAACCUUCUCUCUCGCGUAAUGAAAUCUCUCGUGUCGUACGAGUUUGCAUCGUUUGCAUGAUAUUUAGAUCCGACGCGGACCAACGGUGCGAUUUUGUUGCGAUUUCGUAAUUGCAUCCAUCCGUCAGAUUUGUGAUCGCCGCCUGUUUGACGCCGUUCAACUACUACACGUAUUUGUAACAUUUAACGGAAUAUCGAGGAUGAAUAUAUUUAUAUAUUUUAAAUAACAAAAGUGAGACAGAUAAUAAUUAUAGAAAUAAUUACGAAACAAAAUAUAUAUUAUAUUUGAAAUAAUAUCUCGAAUAAUAAUAUAUAUUUAAAAAAUACAGCUAUAUAACUAAAGUAUAAUAAUUCUAUUAAAUUUACAUUAACCAUCCCGUGUACGCGUAUUUGCCGUCACGUUAUCGCUAAUAAACGCCUCGUUGUUAACAUAUGCAUGGCAUACGAUUAUCGCUUGAUGAGCAAAAUAUUCGUGUCAUUAUCGAGAGAGAAAGAGAGAGAGAGAGAGAGAGAAAGAGAGUAUUGAUACCGUGCUAUUAUCGUUAAAUGGACACGUUUCUAUUAAAAUGCGCGAACAAUGCUCCGAUGCUUUUCACGCUGUAUACUAUCAGAACAGGCGACGACUUUUACAUUUCUAAUUAAUCGUUUCGAUCGCGUCAUUAUCAUCAUAUAUAUAUAUAUAUAUAUACGUAUAAUUCUGAACCAUUGAAAAUACAAAUCUGUAAUAGAAAUCUGUUUCAGUUACCGUAUGUUAUAAUUAUACAUAUAUAUAUAUAUAUAUAUAUGUAUUAUCGAAAUCGUAAUAACGUCGCAUUUCUAGUUCGCAUCGAGUUUCAAAUUACGAUAUUUUCACGACCACAACGGGGACGAAAACGAGGAAUCGCCGCCUACAUAUAUAUAGGGAUAUAACCGUCACGUUCUUCCGGUGACGAGCGGCCAAAUCCGCUAGUGAACCGAAUCGAUAGCGGUUCGGAAAGCCACUGUGAGGAAUAGAAAGUAUUCGUAAAAAGGUGCUUUAACGAGGUAUUUGGCGCGUUAGAUGAAACCAAAGGUAAAAAAAAAAGAGAGAAAAAAAAAAAAAGAAAAGAAAAAAAAAACUAUCUAGAAACUUAGAUAACUCGGUUAACGAGUCUCGGUUCGAAGAUCAAUUAGUGUGCCAUCGUGGAAAUGAUGGUCGUUUCUCGAAAGGCGGAAGGAAAUAAGCGUCGUUUGGUUGGUUCGUUCGAAUUCGAUUUUCGACACUCGAUUCACUUCGUUUGUGACAAUUUCCCGGAUAUAUUAUAUCGUUGAUCCGACAAUAUGACACGCGUUCCCUUUUAUUCAUUUUCUAAGGUUAUUUGUCAACAGCGCGGAAGCAUUUUUUAACGUACAUGUUAAAACACGAAAUUAUUAUAUUAUGUAGUAUUAUUACAUAUAUAUACUAUAUAUACAUAUAUAUAUAUAUGUAUUACAAAGUGGUCGAAGUUUUUUCUACGCAGGUAAUCGAAGAGAAAAUUAGUUAAAGGGGGAAGGGGGAGUAGAAAAAGAAAAGAGGAAAGGGGAUGUAUUUUAGAGAAAUGUCGCCUUCGUGUGACGAUCGUCGCGAACCGUGAUGCGAGGGCACACGAAUCCUAUUAGAAAAAAAAAAUAAAUAAAUAAAUAAAGUGAUUUAUAAAGAAAUGUUAUAUUUACAAAAAAAAAAAAAAUGUGCGAAAUUGUUACGUGACGUUUUGUGAGAAUUGUUGUAAAUACCUGUCGGUACGAGAGUAAUGGCAGAGUAUAAGACUGUAUAUUUGAGAAGAGAUAGAGAUGUAAAUCGUUACAAAUAAAGAAAAAAAGAAGAAGAAAAAAAAAAGAGAAAAAUAAACGGAAUAAAUAUAUUGAGAAA